AUGGAGGAUUUGAGAUGGAGAAUCAGGGCUGUCGGAGGAGUAAUGCGGAGAAAAUGCUUCUGCUGCUGUGGAGUAGCAAAAGAUGACAGGAGAUGGGAGGAGAGAGAAGAGAAAAGAGAAGAGGUGGAGGAGAGGGAAGGACAGGACAUGGACAUGACAGAGAGGCCAUCAAAAAGCUGGAGUGCCUCAUCAUUGCCUUCCUCUGAGCUGAAUGAGUUGGAUGGUUCAUACUCUAAGGAGCAGCCCCAGACUCACUGGUUCCACACGCUGCAGGUGAGGAGGCUCAGGGUCCAGAGAGGACGUAGCAACAGUGACCCUCUCGGCGGCAAGAGCUUCCAGCAAGAGUUUCAGUGGAAAACAGGCCUGCAGUUUGGAACAGCCACAUCUUACCUGAAUCUGGAGAAACUGGGGGAGGGUACAUACGCCACUGUAUACAAAGGCAUCAGCAGGAUAAACGGUCAUUUGGUGGCUCUGAAGGUCAUCCGGAUGAAGACAGAGGAGGGAGUUCCGUUCACAGCCAUCAGAGAGGCCUCUUUGCUCAAAGGCCUCAAACACGCAAACAUUGUUUUGCUUCAUGACAUCAUCCACACACGAGAGUCCCUCACUUUUGUCUUUGAGUAUGUGCAAACAGAUUUGGCUCAGUAUAUGACCCAGCACCCUGGAGGACUGCACUCAUACAACGUCAGGAUCUUUAUGUUUCAGCUGUUGAGAGGUCUGUCGUAUAUUCACAGUCGGAGAAUCCUACACCGCGAUCUCAAACCUCAGAAUCUGCUCAUUAGUUACCUGGGAGAGCUCAAACUGGCUGAUUUUGGUUUGGCCCGGUCCAAAUCCAUACCUUGUCAGACCUACUCCGCAGAGGUCGUGACCCUUUGGUAUCGUCCGCCUGACGUUUUACUGGGCUCCACAGACUACUCAACAGCACUGGACAUCUGGGGUGCCGGCUGUAUUUUCAUUGAGAUGCUGCAGGGGGCGCCAGCGUUCCCUGGUGUAGCCGAUGUCUUCGAGCAGCUGCUGAAGAUUUGGACUGUUCUUGGCACUCCCACAGAAGAGAGCUGGCCUGGGGUUCUCGAACUGCCAAACUACAGACCAGAGUGGUUUCCUCCCUGCAAACCCCAGCAGUUCAGGGAUGUCUGGAAGAGGCUAGCCCAGUUGCCCUACAAAACAGAAGACCUGGCCCAGCAGAUGUUGAUUGCCAACCCCAAAGACAGAAUCUCAGCCCAGGAUGCUCUCAAUCACCCGUAUUUCAACACGCUUCCCCCACCCUUAAUGCAUCUACGAGACACUGUAUCAAUCUUUAAGGUGCCUGGUGUGAGGUUGGAGACAGAGAUGAGGGAUAUCUUCAGUCCCAGCAGACGAAUGAAGCACUCUUUUGUUCCUCUCGCCAAGUGCUGGUGA